UUCUGGUUUCAUCAUGGGUUCGAGGUCGAACAUGUGUUUAAUGUCUUCCUCGACAUUUUCAUCACUGUCGCUAUCGGAGGAGUUCAGAUUUUGCUGUCAGCUAUGAGCCCGCCCCUCACCUCGCACCCGCACUGCAUCAGCUGGCAGCGCCGCCUCCCGCACAUCGGCCCCAAGAACAUGGGAAACGCAUCUUUGCGAGUGGAUCGCGUCCUCGGCCAAGGGGCCUUCGCGACCGUUUAUCAGGCUACCGACCCUGCCAGCUCCGACAAGAUGGUGCUCAAGGUGCAGAAACCGGCCAAUCCCUGGGAGUUUUACAUCCACAGCCAGCUCGACCGUCGCCUGCCUCCGUCCAUCCGUCAUCUGUUCAGCCGCGCCCGCUCGGCUCACGUGUUCACGGACGGCAGCGUCCUCCUGGACGAGCUGCACAGCUACGGCACCCUGUUGAACGCGGUGAACGUUUACAAAGGUAUCGGUGACAAAGUGAUGCCGCAGCCUCUUGUCAUCUACUUCACCAUCUGCAUCCUCCGAAUGCUGGAAGAACUCCACGCGGCACGAAUCAUCCACGCCGACGUCAAGCCAGACAACUUCAUGCUCGGACAAAGGUUCCCGGACGACGACGACUUUGAGCCGGAGAACCUGAAGCACGGUCUGGUCCUCAUUGACCUUGGUCAGAGCAUCGACAUGGAUCUCUUCCCGGCGGGCACGGCUUUCACGACCACGUGCUUGACGUCCGGCUUCCGGUGCACGCAGAUGCUCAGCGAGAAACCUUGGAACUACCAGACCGACUACUUUGGCGUGGCGGGCACAGUUCACGUCAUGCUGCUGGGGACGUACAUGCAGGUUGUGGAAGAAGAUGGCGUGUGGAGGACCUGUGCCACGUUUCGCAGGAAUCCUCACAGCGACAUGUGGCUGCAUUUGUUCCUGAGAAAUUUACAGUAUUACAAAAGGAGUCACUAGUUUAAAACAUUGAAA